GAAGCAGUUAACAGCCAGCAGCCUCCGCCCAGCCCAGGGCCACGCCGUGCCGGCACCACCCCCGGCUACAACCGAGCACCGAGCAUGGCGGUGUGGGCCGGGCUGCUGCUGCUGUUAGUGCUGCUGCUGCUGCUGGCGGCGGGGCUGUACUGCUGCUACGUGCGGCUCGUCCAUGCCGCCUAUGACCACAUCCCCAGCGCCCCGCGCGAGAGCUUUUUAUUUGGACAUCUGCCAAUCUUUUGGAGAAUGAUGAAGAAACAUGAGUUGCUACAUGAUCUCUUUCUGCAGUGGUCAAAGAAAUAUGGACCUAUUAUACGGGUUAAUGCCUUUCACAGAGUCUCAGUGCUGAUUUUGAGUCCUGAAGGAGUGAAGGAGUUUUUGAUGUCACCUGAGUACCCAAAGGACCGAAUGGUGUACGGCCAGAUCUUCAACCUGUUUGGUGUGAGGUUUCUGGGGAACGGCUUGGUAACUGAUCGCAACUAUGAGCAUUGGCACAAGCAGCGGAAGGUGAUGGAUCCAGCUUUCAGCAGAACCUACCUGAUUGGUGUGAUGGAAACUUUUAAUGAGAAGGCAGAGGAGCUGAUGGAGAAGCUAGAGGAAAAGGCAGAUGGAAAGACAGAAUUUAGCAUGCUGACGAUGAUGAGCCGGGUGACUUUGGAUGUCAUUGCAAAGGUGGCCUUUGGUUUGGAGUUGAAUGCACUAAGUGAUGACCGGACGCCAUUCCCACAUGCUGUGACCAUGAUCAUGAAGGGAAUGACUGAGAUGCGCAUCCCUUUUGUGAAGUACAUGCCAGGAAAGCAGAAAAUGAUAAAGGAGGUUCGGGAGAGCGUGCGGCUGCUGCGGCGUGUGGGCAAGGAGUGCAUUGAGAAGAGGAGGGAAGCCAUCCAGAGUGAGAAGGAAAUGCCAAUGGAUAUUCUUACACAGAUACUGAAAGGAGAUGCUCUGGAGGAAACUAGAGAUGAUGAAAACAUUCUGGACAACUUUAUCACUUUCUUUGUUGCGGGUCAUGAAACCACUGCCAAUCAGUUGUCAUUUACAGUAAUGGCACUGUCUCAGCAUCCUGAAAUAAUGGAAAGAGUUCAAGCUGAAGUGGAUGAAGUCCUUGGUGCUAAGAGAAACAUUGAGUAUGAGGAUCUUGGCAAACUGAAGUAUUUAUCACAGGUUCUGAAGGAAUCAAUGCGACUGUACCCACCUGUGCCAGGGACAGUACGUUGGACAGGGAAGGAGACUGUCAUUGAAGGUGUCAGGAUUCCUGCGAACACAACACUAAUUUUCAGCACAUAUAUCAUGGGGCGGAUGGAACGAUACUUCAAGGAUCCACUCUCUUUCAAUCCAGACCGAUUUAGCAAAGAUGCACCUAAGCCAUAUUACUCCUAUUUUCCAUUCUCACUGGGACCCCGCUCCUGUAUUGGGCAGGUGUUUGCACAGAUGGAGGCUAAAGUGGUGAUGGCAAAAUUGCUGCAGAGGUUUGAAUUCCAGCUUGUACCAGGACAGAGUUUUAAACUCUUGGAUACUGGAACCCUUAGGCCACUAGAUGGAGUAAUGUGUAAGUUAAAGCCAAGGAGCUCUCCUAAAGGUUUUUAGGUGUAGCCAUCAGGAAGGGUAGCGUGAAAUGGGAGUGGUUGAGUUCCAUCAGGUGUUGAAGAUUUUUCCCACUAAUCAGAGGUUAGAUUUUUCAGGCACCUUUAGAUGAUUGCUAGACAGAAAAAAUCCUAACUUCCUCAUCAUUUACUGAAGAAAACCUCAGGAGAUUUGUGUUAGAGAUGUUUGGAAAUCUUUGACCUACAGCAGGGCUAGAAGUGAGUGCCUAAAGUCAAAUGCUGCUUAAACUGACUUUGCCUUGAAGAAAUGCAUGAGCACCUUGAGCCAAAGGCACCUUGAGCUAGGCAGGGGGGUUGGAACUACAUGAUCCUUGAGGUCCCUUCCAACCCGGGUCAUUCUGUGAUUCUGUGAUUCUGUAAUAUCCUGCAGCUGCCCCAAAACUGCUUGUUCUGGGCUGGCUAUCAGCCUGGCUCCGCUAUAGGAAAAAUGAUACUGUGAAAAUCCAGAAAUACGUGGAUGCCUAAUGUGAGUUUAGGCAUAAAAUCUGCCAUGAAGUGCACUCAAGACCCUUAGCACGGUUGGUGUUAACACCUUUUUGAGAGAGAGAACUCAGAGUGUACACUGUCAAGUUUCUGUGUUGGGUUCCACACCAGGAGAGUGACUUCUUAGAGAUUGCUCUGGUUUGCUUGUGUUGUGCAUCACCUCGUUCAGACCAGCAGAGGGAUAACAGGCCAUUAAGACCGGUGCUGCUUUUGGCAACAUCAGCGCUGCUGUGCUGUAUACUAAUAUACUCAGAGGUAACAGCACUUGUGAUGCUAGGGCUUUAGGCUGCCAGUAGACCAGCUCUGCAAUCCCUUUGGUGGAAAUCUGCUCAUAUUCUCUUAUGCAUUAAUAAAACCUGAUGUGGAAACCCGA